AAAUGUAAGCAUUAUGGGGCCACAAAGAGAUUUGUGCACUUGAACACCUGCACAUUUGUCAGCAUUACUAGAUGAUUUACAAGCAUGCAACUGAAACAUGCCAGCGAUAUUAUGAAGAGUCAAGAGUGUAAGGUUGGACAAUGGAUGUUAGCAAAACCAGAUAGCACAACGCUGGAACAUGCGGAUGAAGUCAAUUGACUCCUUACACCAGCAAGACGAAACCACACGUCGACACCCUCGUGCAGAUGAGUUUGCCACUAACAACUAAGACAAGGCUGUAGCAUGCCAGCGGCAAAACAUGAAGAGGAUUAAUCAUCACGCACAUGAUCAAGCUUUCUAGAUCAUCCAACACAAAAAACUGAUCCUCGUGUGUGAGUUUGCCCCCGAUAGUUAAGACACUUUCGACGUGCCCAUAUACUCAUUCAUAAAUGAAUGAAAAUAUAAGAAUACAGCGGAGCGGCAUAAACUUGCCUUGAAGAUGGGGGACAAACGCUGAGGGCUUGAACCGAGAAGGUUCCACUAAAUGAUAGCUUGAGCAUGCAACUAUGUGACAGUCCAUCAUCAAACUAUAUCAUUCUUAAUUAGUCCUUGCUGCCAAUUAAUGGAACAUGAGGUGACUUUUAUGUUGGGAUCUCUAUGCUUCUGCCAGAUCUCAUGGCUAAUGUAAUGGCACGAUUCUUCAUGUCCGCUAAUCAGAUGCUGCAGCACAGCUGUACACAUAUUAUCUUCUGUAUAAAUAGGCGUCAGCAGAAUGAUAGAUGCAUCAAACUAGAAGCUCUUCUUUCCUGCUCCUCUCUCAACCACAACAGAGAGCAAAUCUUCAAGAUCAGAUAUGGCUUUCCACCAAAGAUCAACAAGUAUGCCUUCUAGGCCUCACGUCUGUGAGACCGAAAUUGAGCACGAGCUCCAUAGCCUAGAAGCAAGCAUCUCUUCCUCCAAUUCUAUCAGCACGAUGUGCGAUAGUCUCAGGACUCUUGCAAACAUCUACGAUGGUCUUGAAGAGAUCAUCUGCCUACCAAGCAACCAAGUUUGCUCUUCCCGGCAGAGGAGGAUGUUGGAUGGAGAAAUGGAAGGUUCUCUCGAGGUUCUGGAUCUCUGCAGCGCCAUGCAAGAGAUCUUCGUCGAGAUGAAGUCCAUCAUCCAAGAGCUGCAAGUGGCCCUAAGGAAAGGGGGUGAUUCCUCUGCUCAAGCCAAGAUCCAAGCUUACACCCGCUUGGUGAAGAAGGCCAAGAAUCAUUUCAAGAAGAACACGAAGAAGGCUCCUGCAGAUUGUAGCAUGGUCAUGCUGUUGGCUAAGACCAGAGAGAUCUUUGUGUCUCUCCUGGAGUCCACACUCCGUCUCUUGUCGAAGCAAAUUGAAAUGCCUAAACGGUCUCUUGUUUCCAAGGCAUUUCACAAAAAGAAAGCAGUUGUUUGCAAGGAGCAAUUGCUGGAGUUAGAGUGCAGCAUCGAAGAUCUUGAGAGUGGAGCAGGACAUCUGUUCAGGAAAUUAGUCCAGAGCAGAGUUUCUCUACUCAACAUCCUUAGCUCAUAGAUACUCCCGGGUCACUCUUGACGCCCUUUGAUUGGCAUCCGCCUUUUAAGGAAUAGCUGAUCUUCACCCACAUGUAUAAAUGUACAUGAUACUACAGAAAGAGAAAGAAAAGUUUUGAUCCAUUUGACCA